AUGAGGCGCGAGUCCCUGGGCGUGACGUCCUCACUCCUUGUCCGGGUGCCGGUCCUUUUGUCUCGCCUCGCAGGUAGACGACAGAGGAGCAGCCGGACGAGGGCCAGCAGCAGGCGCCCGGUCCCGGGCGACGCCGACGACGCCAUGCCGGAGAAGAAGAACCCGCUGCAGGCCGCGUUCUGCGGCGAGGCGGUGAUCGCCGAAUUCGAGGCGCUGACGCGGGACGCCGCCGCCGUGCAGCGGGACACGCUGCGCCGGAUCCUCGGCGACAACGCCAGCGCCGAGUACCUCCGGUGCCGGGGCCUCGCGGGACGCACCGACGCCGCCAGCUUCCGGGCCUGCGUGCCGCUCGCCACGCACGCCAACAUCGAGCCCUACAUUGCGCGCAUCGCCGACGGCGACACCUCCGCCGUGCUCACCGCCAAGCCCAUCACCUCCAUCUCCCUCAGCUCCGGCACGACGCAGGGGAAGCGCAAGUACCUGCCCUUCAACCAGGAGCUCGUCAAGUCCACGAUGCAGAUAUACCGGACUUCCUACGCCUUCAGGAACAGGGCGUUCCCCGUGGAGGACGGCAAGGCGCUGCAGUUCAUCUACGGCAGCCGGCAGUUCACCACCACGGGCGGGCUGACGGCGACGACGGCCACCACCAACGUGUACCGGAGCGAGGAGUUCAUGCCCACGAUGCGCGCCAUCCAGUCGCAGGUGUGCAGCCCGGAAGCCGUGAUCUUCGGCGCCGACUUCGCGCAGUCGCUCUACUGCCACCUCCUGUGCGGCCUGCUGUACGCCGACGAGGUCCGCAUCGUGUCCGCCACCUUCGCACACAGCCUCGUGCUCGCCUUCCAGACCUUCGAGCGCGUCUGGGAGGACCUGUGCGCCGACAUCCGCGCGGGCUCCCUCUCCCCCACGCGCGUCACCGACCCCGCCGUCCGCAGGGCCGUCGAGGCGCUGCUCACGGGCCCGAACCCGGCGCUCGCCGACGAGGUGGCGCGCAGGUGCGCCGGGCUCAGCAACUGGUACGGCAUCAUCCCGGCGCUCUUCCCCAGCGCCAGGUACGUGCACGGCAUCAUGACGGGCUCCAUGGAGCACUACGUCAAGAAGCUCCGCCACUACGCGGGCGGGUUGCCCCUCGUCGCCGCCGAGUACGGCGCGUCCGAGGGAUGGGUCGGCGCCAACGUCGAGCCCGAGACGCCGCCGGAGUCCGUCACCUUCACCGUGCUCCCUAACAUCGCCUACUUCGAGUUCAUCCCGCUCAAGGCCACCAGCUGCCACGGCGGUGCCGCUGACGACGAUACCUGCUACGCCGAGGCCGAGCCCGUCGGCCUCACCGAGGUCACCGUCGGCGAGCACUACGAGGUUGUCGUCACCACCUUCGCAGGGCUGUACCGGUACCGUCUAGGGGACGUGGUGAAGGUGGCCGGGUUCUACAACUCGACGCCGAAGCUCCAGUUCGUGUGCCGGCGGAACCUGAUGCUGAGCAUCAACAUCGACAAGAACAGCGAGCAGGACCUGCAGCUGGCCGUGGACAGCGCCGCCAAGAUCCUGGCGGCGGAGAAGCUGGAGGUGGUGGACUACAGCAGCCACGCGGAGGUGUCGCGCGACCCGGGCCACUACGUCGUCUUCUGGGAGCUCAACGCCGACGGCAAUGACGACGUGCUGCAGAGCUGCUGCGACGAGCUGGACCGCGCCUUCACGGACCCGGGGUACGUGGGGUCACGGAAAACCAGCGGCAUCGGGCCCCUGGAGCUGCGGGUGCUGCAGCGGGGCACCUUCCAGAAGGUGCUCCGCCACUACCUUUCCCUCGGCGCCCCCGUCAGCCAGUUCAAGUCGCCGCGGUGCGUCGGACGGUCCAAUAACUCCGGCGUCCUCCAGAUCCUCUCCGCCAACGUCGUCAAGGUCUUCUUCAGCGCCGCCUACGACUGA